AUCCCGCGAAUAUUUCAACAGAAAAUUAGUCAAUACAAGCGCACAAGAGGUCUCUAGCCACACAUUGAGCUGCUCUGUCAUUUGAAGCUCUCUCUAUGGUGCGAAGUGACUCUGUGGCCAUGGGGAAUGGUUCAAUCAAAGCCCCUCGGCUAGAGGAGACAUGCUUGGCCUCGGGUAUUAAAGAGUCACCGGUGUGGGAGUCAUCGGAGCAGUUGAGGCUGAGGAUAGCCUGGCUCGAGGAGGAGCUUACCCGCCGAGACCAUGAGCUAAGAGCCCAGGAGCUUCAGUUGCAGGCUCUACAGAGGGAGCUCCAGGCCAAAGUGUCUCAGAUUGACAAGCUUCAGGAUGCCAUCGGCUACAACAGCCUGGGCCGCUCUCCACCAGCGAGGCACAGUCACAGGCUGCUCAGCGUCAUUAAUCAGGGCUCAACACGUUUCCAUAGGGUGGCUGUAGAGGUUCACCGCCGACUCAAAGCCAAGGAGGGGGUUUCUGCUGAGCCUACGUCUGGGAAAUUCUACAGUGGCCACAGGGUCAAUCAUGCAUCUACAGAAAGAACACGCAUCCGUAAAGACUCAUGUACCAAGAGACUGAUUAAUGAGGCCAUCAUGAACAACGACUUUCUGAAGAAGUUAGAGCCUCAACACACACGAGAGAUGGUGGACUGCAUGUAUGAGAAAAUCUUUACUGCCAAUCAGCUGGUGAUCCAAGAAGGAGAGCCUGGGAACUACCUCUAUGUGCUUGCAGAAGGCUUUUUGGAGGUGAUGCAAAAUGGGAAACUCCUGGGGCAGAUGCGGCCUGGAACAGCUUUUGGAGAGUUGGCCAUCCUCUACAACUGCAAGAGGACUGCCACUGUUAAAGCUGUGACACGGUCCCACAUCUGGGCUCUGGACCGGCAGAUGUUUCAGAGCAUCAUGAUGAAAUCCACUCAGGCCAGACACGCAGAGUACUUCAGCUUCCUGCGCAGUGUGUCUUUAUUAAAGGACUUGCCAGAGGAGAAACUUGCCAAAAUUGUUGACUGUUUAGAAAUUGAUUAUUUUGACAAAGGCGAGUACAUUAUUCGUGAGGGUGAGGAAGGGAACACUUUCUUCAUUAUAGCUAAAGGAGAGGUUUCAGUAACCCAGAGCACAGAGGGUUUUCCUGAACCACAGGAGAUUAAGACCCUUGGAGUAGGAGAUUACUUCGGAGAAAAAGCUCUCAUAAGUGAGGAUGUUCGCUCAGCUAACAUCAUUGCAAAGGAGAAUGACACCCAGUGUUUGGUGGUGGAUAGAGAUAACUUUAAUCAGAUGGUGGGCACUUAUGAGGAGCUGCAGGCAUAUCUGCAUGAAUACGUGGAGCAGCUGUCUAUAAGUGAUGAGAGGAGAAAUGCAGCAAGCCAAUCUUCUCUGCGUGAGCGAGGCACAGAGGCAGCUGAGCUGCGCAAUCUGCGGGAGAAAGCCACACGACUGUCCAAUAGCUCUUUCUUACACGAGCUGCAAAUUGUGGCCACACUAGGCAUGGGAGGCUUUGGCAGAGUAGAGCUGGUCAAGCUCAAAGAUGAAGAUACUGCUUUUGCUUUGAAGUGCAUUAAGAAGAAGCACAUUGUUGACACUAAACAGCAGGACCAUAUCUACUCUGAGAAGAACAUUUUGCAAAUGACCAACUGCAACUUUAUAGUCAGAUUGUUUCAGACAUUUCGGGAUAAUAAAUAUGUGUACAUGCUGCUCGAGGUCUGUCUUGGUGGAGAGUUAUGGAGCAUUCUCAGGGACAUGGGUUUCUUUGAGGAGGCCACUGCACGAUUCUGUAUUGGUUGUGUACUGGAGGCCUUUGAAUACCUGCAUGGAAUGGGUGUUGUUUACCGAGACCUGAAGCCAGAGAAUCUACUUCUGGAUACAGAGGGAUAUAUCAAAAUGACUGAUUUUGGCUUUGCGAAGAGAAUUGGUUUGGGAAAGAAAACCUGGACAUUCUGUGGAACUCCAGAGUAUGUGGCCCCUGAGGUCAUCAUGAAUAAAGGCCAUGACUUUGGAGCCGACUGCUGGUCCUUAGGGAUCCUCAUUUUUGAACUCCUCACUGGCAGCCCUCCUUUCGUAGGAUCUGAUCCUAUUAAGAUUUACACAAUGGUUCUGCAUGGAAUAGAGAAGGUGGACUUUCCCAAGAGGAUAAGCAAGCGCCCAGAGGACUUGGUCAGGAGGCUCUGCAGGCUCAAUCCUGCAGAACGACUUGGCAAUAAGAAAAAUGGCAUCAAUGACAUCAAGAAACACAAGUGGUUUCAGGGCUUCAACUGGGAGGGACUGCGACGACGGAAGCUGACAUCUCCACUUAAGAGAGAGCUAAAGGGGCCACUGGAUCACAGUCAUUUCGACAUGUUUCCGCCCGAGCUGGAGGAACCUCCUGAUGAACUUUCUGGAUGGGAUAAGGACUUCUGAAAGUUUGCUGU